AUGGCAGACAAUGGUGCGUCGGUUACUACCAGCACCAUUAGUUCACUAUUGUCUACGGAUCCUGUUCGUUGGUUAAUUGAUCAACAAUCAUUCAAUGGAGCAUGGCUAUUAAAUGAAAGUGAUAUAGAAAAAUUGACCAAUGGUAAAUCAUUAAGUACAUUUCAAUCAACCGUUAUUAAAAACAAAGAUACUUUAACAACAGCACUUGCCAUCGCUGUACUUGAGUUGAAAUAUCCUAAACAAAAGAAUCUCUGGUUUGCAGUUGUGGACAAAGGACGAAAACGACUCUAUAGUUUUGGUCUUACUAACGACCAAAUCACCAGGCUUAUCGAUGAAAUCAAGAAUAAAUUGUAA